UGUCAAACCGCGUUUUGUUUUGGUUGGAUUCUCGCGCGUUUUUCGGAAAGCUUUGCUUCGGAUCGAAAAAUGGAGCGUUUCGUUCCCGCGGGGGACAGCUACUACGAUCCGGCCUGCCCGGACGAAAGUGACGACGAGGAGCAGCCGCUGGGAGGCUGGAAUCCCGCCGGAAGCGAUCCAUCGAAGGAGGAGCUGGUGAUACGUGAUUCUGGCCCGACCCCAACCUACACCGAAGCCGAUCUCUACCCGACGAUCCCGGAUCCAGAAUGCCUUCCGGAGUGGCCACUGGCGUGCUACUGGCCCGUUUACGUGUCCAACUUUCGGCUCGACAAUUUUGCGGAGGAAGCCCGAAACGAGCAGAUUGCGAACUUUUUCGCUGCGAAAGGCCUGCUGGUCAGGAUGAUCUUCAUGCGAGAACCGGAAGGUUGCCUGUACUUUAAAAAGUUUCAGCGAUCGUCGCUGCUGCUGGACAUGCUGGUUUACUUUACCUCGAAGGAGGACGCCCAGUGGGCGGUUCGAACCUGCCACCGGCAGACCUACUACGGCCAUCGGCUGAACGUUUGGCCCGGUCGAACACCGGAGUACUUUGACAACACGCGGUCGAUUCGCUUCCAGCUGCCAAAAACUAAAUGCGCCGCCAUGUCGGAAUCGGUCGUGGAGCUGAUCCUGCGGAACAAGGGUCAUGCCAUCGAUACGGUGGCCAGAAUGUCGAUUGUCGAUGUGAUCGUCGAAUUUGGGAACGAGGAAUCGAUGAGAAAUGCCGUGCGCGGUACGGAGUAUUGGAUUCCGUUUGAGUUGCAGGAACCGACCAUGAAGCAGCGAUUCCUCGAACGGGAUGUUCGAAUCGAUUUGAUGCAGGUGAUGCGCGAAAAGCUUACAUUCAUGGCAAUGACUCCGCCUCAGGAAGUGCUGGAAGCUUUGCUGGCCGGAAUCCCACCCAGUGUGGAUCGCUCCUGGGAGAACAUGAACAAGCCGAGACCGCCACCGGAAGCAGUGGUGAAGCUAAUUAAGGCAAAACGAACGGAAAGAAAGCAGUUUAUGGAAGAAAAACGAGGCCAGGGCAAAAAGCGCCCCGUGGAAACUACUGGAAAUGUCCUGCUUGAGGGAGAACCGGCACCAAAGGCGAUGACAUUGAAACAGUUGAAAGGAGUUGUUCGCAACCAAGCGAAUCGAAUCCUCAACAAAAACAAAUGGACCCGGGCGAACACGAUGGACUGCCGGUUGGCCAAGCUGAAAGAUAAAUAUCUGGACGCGAGAAAUGACCUGCUGAAUUUGCUGGCCCUCAAGAAAUUUUCUGAUCCGCAGAGGCGCCAGCAAGAAGAGCUAUUCUACCAAAUGCUCGCGAUCGAGUAUCAAAUGAUGGAGAUGAUUCCGCAGAGCAGUGGUGCCCUGUACUGUCCACCGUUGGAGCUCGGGCUGGCCAAGGCUUGUCUGGUGGCGGGUGAACUGCUCCCGUUUCCUGAACCGCCAACAUUCGCCGUGGAUCCCGAAAAGUACGUGGACGAAGUGCCGCCCGCAAACCCAUCCCUCAACCAGCCGCCACCGUUCAUCCCAACGGUUCGUCCGUACUGCGCCGCCGACCUCAACCCGACCACCGUCGACCCCAGCUGUGACCCGGACUGGCCCCUGGCGCACCUGUGGCCGGUGUACGUGUUCAACUUCCGGGUGAAUGUGCUGCGCGGCGACCGCCGUAACGACCAGAUACGGGAGUAUUUCGCCGCGAAAGGCCUGCUGGCCACGUGCAUUUUCAUCCCGUACGAUUGCGAAGCCAUUAGCAAUCAGCUGAUUGACAUGCUGGUUUACUUUACCUCGCGGGAGGAUGCCGCGACAGCGAUCGAACUGUGCCACCGCGAUAGCUACUACGGCCACCGGUUGAACGUGUUCCCGGGCCGGGAGCCAGUUUUCUUUGAUGUGACCGGAGGCAGAACGAUCGUGGUGCCGAUAAAACAGGAACGCCCAAUUCCGCUGGAUUCCCUCAUGCGGAACGCUAUGCGACCGGACCGGGUGACCAGUUGCAAUCGGUUUGAGGAUGGCGUGGCCUUUUAUGAGUACGGAGACCCGAACGAUGCAGAACACGCGAUCUUGGCCAUACGAAAACAGAGACCCAACAAAGCCUUCAGGCCGUACCAGUUGAAGGAACUGAGAAAGAAGCAGCGCUUUCUCGAAUCGGACAAAAAGGCCGACAUUUUGGAGCAAGUGGCGCGUGAUGGACAGCCGCAGCCUGCCCUGCUGGAGGCACUGAUUGCGGGAAGUGUCCCGGCGGGGUUGCUCAACUGGAACUGGCGCGGAUGGACGGAACUCCGGUCCUGGCCAGGGCAAAAGUGUACACUGGAGAAGCAACAGAUUCGCAAUCGCCUUCUCAAGGUUUUGGACAUUUGGCGCCAGAUGGUGAAGAUCCCGUUGGAUUGAAGCAGGAUGAAUGUGUACCUUGUCGAAGGUAUCGUAACAAUAAAAUAACUUGAAUUUCCCGAU